UCCGCCGGACGCGCUCUCGGGGUUGAUGGAGGAGUCCGGGAGGCAGCGCCUGAGGCUGAGACGCCGGAGGCCUCCUUCAGGGGACGGGCCCCCGAGCGGCCGCCCCUGGUUUCUCCAGGAGGGCAACAGCGAAAGCGAGCGGCUUUGGAUCGAGCUGCUGCGCACUGUGAGCCCGGAUCUGACCCUGGAUGGCGAGCCGCCGCCUCUGCCUGCCUUCCCCGGCCAGGAGUCCAGGGGCAGCCCAGAGCGCCCGGCACCCCCCGAGGUCUUCACAGUCGGACCCAAGAUCUUUUCCUGGACGCCCUUUCCACCGGCCCCGGCGGGCCCAGGCCACUCCCACGGGCCUCUUUGCGGGGCAGGAGGACGCCCGGAGUCCCCCACCAGGUCCCCUCAAGUACACCCUGCGCCUGAACCCAGGGGGACCCCCACCUUCAAGGAGCAGCCGGCUGUGGAAGGGGCACUGGCCCUGCAGAGCUGCCCGAUGUGCCAGAAGGACUUCGCCCGGGAGGUGACCCAGCUGGACAUAGACGGCCACCUUGCUCAGUGCCUGGCAGAAAGCACUGAAGAUGUGUGGUGAGCACCAGGGUGUGCAGAGCCCUCGCCAGGGUCCCACCAGAGUCCUGCUCUCAGAUGUGUACACGUAAACUGUCGGUCGUGUCUCUUCCAGCCUGAAACAUGGGCUUCCUUUUACUUUCCUGAUGGUGGCGUUAGGGGGGAUUUGCCACAGUAAGAGCCGAAACUACAUGUGAACUCCUUUUCCUCACAGAUGGAGCAGCCAUCCCGUGUGGGCCGGGCAGACUGGCUCGGGAUAAUGUUUUUCUAGGCACAAGGACAGACAUGGUUGGCUCAUGUCUCACCACUGUUAAUUCCUCAAAGAGAAUGCCCAUUCCUUGUACAGCUGCCAGGUGAGGUCACUGUCACUGUGCUAUCACAUGUCUGUGUCCCCCAAGUCCUCACCCCAAGGUGAUGGUGUCAGAAGGGGCCCUUGGGGCAGACCCCAUCAAGUCAUGAGGAUGGGUGGAGCCUCAUGAUUGGGUCAGGCAGACCCCAUCAAGUCAUGAGGAUGGGUGGAGCCUCACGAUUGGGUCACAGGGUUCUCCCACCCUGUUAACUGAGCACACUGUAGGGAGAAGCUGUCCACAGCCCACAAGUGGCCCCAGAGCCUGACUGUCCAGGGCACUGGAGUUGACUCAGACACCGCUGGGGGCUCUGGGACCUCAGCACUGAGUGGCAAGACUUGAAAGCAGCUUCUCCUCCAAGGGGGACUAGCAGCAGGUGGUCCCGUCCUGUUGAGGCUGACAGUGUGGGUGGGAGAUGGAGCAAAUGCGUCUCUGCAGGGUCUCCUUCCAGUGCUGUCUGGCCGGGCUUGGGGCUGCUCAGUGCCAGUCACUGGUGUCUGCAGGGUCCAGGGUACCAGCCAGGGGGAGGGGCAGGCGCCAUGUGAAAACUCGAGUAAUACUCAGAAAACAAAUCCCUAUUU